UGGCGGUGCCGUGUCAUGGAGGCUCAGUCUCGGAGCAGCCAUUGAAGGGGAAGGAACUGCGGGUGUGUGUGUGUGAGUGUGUGUGAGAGUGAGUGUGUGUGUGUGUGUGUGAGUGCGCGCGCGCGUGUGAGUGCGCGCACGAGUGUGUGGACAAGGAGGUGGGGGCAGCCGAGUUAGAGUCCCAACUCCUUGGACUCCAUUUGCUAUUCUCUUUCUCCCCCACACCUAUCUGGUGGUGGUGGGCGUUUAUAUUUGCGUUUCUUUUCAUUCAUUUCCAAACCUUUUACAAUUUGAGGGUUGGGGGUAGCAGGAAAGGCAGGGCAGGGUAAGGGAGGAGAGUAAUAGCAGAAGAGCAGGAGGAGGACAUGGAGAUGAAGAAGAGGAUUAACCUGGAGUUAAGGAACAGAGCCCCGGAGGAGGUGACAGAGUUAGUCCUUGAUAAUUGCUUGUGUGUCAAUGGGGAAAUUGAGGGCCUGAACGAUACUUUUAAAAAACUAGAGUUUCUGAGUAUGGCUAAUGUGGAACUCAGUUCACUGGCCCGGCUGCCCAGCUUAAAUAAACUUCGAAAGUUGGAACUUAGUGACAAUAUAAUUUCUGGAGGCUUGGAAGUCCUGGCAGAGAAAUGUCCAAAUCUUACCUACCUCAACUUGAGUGGAAACAAAAUCAAAGAUCUCAGUACAGUAGAAGCUCUGCAAAAUCUUAAAAAUUUGAAAAGUCUUGACUUGUUUAACUGUGAGAUCACAAACCUGGAAGAUUACAGAGAGAGUAUUUUUGAACUGCUGCAGCAAAUCACAUACUUAGAUGGAUUUGAUCAGGAGGAUAACGAAGCACCAGACUCGGAAGAGGAUGAUGAUGAAGAUGGAGAUGAAGAUGAUGAAGAUGAAGACGAAGAUGAAGCUGGUCCACCUGAAGGAUAUGAGGAAGAGGAGGACGAGGACGAGGAAGAUGAGGACGAGGAUGAAGAUGAAGCAGGCUCAGAACUGGGAGAGGGAGAAGAGGAAGUGGGUCUCUCUUAUUUAAUGAAAGAAGAAAUUCAGGAUGAAGAAGAUGAUGAUGACUAUGUUGAAGAAGGGGAAGAAGAAGAAGAAGAAGAGGAGGAAGAAGAAGGUCUUCGAGGGGAAAAGAGGAAACGAGAUGCUGAAGAUGAUGGAGAGGAAGAAGAUGACUAGAUCAUUCUAAGACCAUAUUCCCUAUUUCUUGGGUGUGCAAUAGAGUGAUCACAUCUUCUUUGUUUCUUCAUGUAUGAUAGCUGUCCCUACAGAAGAUAACGUAACUUUUUAUAGGAAAAGUGUGGUUUUACUAUUUUUGCCUUAUCAUUCCAAAUAAGAUUUACUAGUCUGUUAAUGAUCAUAUUGUAUGUAGAGAAAAAUUUUCAUUGACCCCCCCCAUUGUGAAAUUCCCUAGCAGUUUAUUUAGAAUCUUAAUUUUUCUAAUACGAGCUCAGUGUAUUAGUCAUUUUAGCUCAUAAUUAAAACAUGAUUGCUUUUACACAGGCAUAGUAUAGUGCAUUUCAUUCAUAAGGUUUUAAAGUUAUUUAUGAAUUAACUGAAAUCACAGUCAGCUGGAAUAUGAAAUGAAAGUAGUCUCUUGAAUAAUAAGUUUGUUAUGUUUUUUAGCAGUGAUCCAGAGAUCUUUAAUUUGAAGGCAAUGACUUCUUUUUGGCUAAGGGUUUAUAUGACAAAUAUGAGUAACUUGGAAAGUAGGAGCAGAAAAGUAAGGGUUCUAUUCAAAAACAUAAUUCAAGGCUUUCGGGGAAGCUUCUGAAAACCUAAGCCGGGUGACUAAGAUUUUAUUUUUGAAGGAAAAAUUGGUUAUAAUAAGUUUAGAGACAUGCAGGUGAGCCCUUUGUUCUUCAAGCUGAAGAUGUCGAUAUGCUAACGGUUGUUGUGUAUUUUUUGUGUGCAGUUUUUGUUUUCCUCUCAGCAAUCCCUUUACGAUCACCUUCCUUUCCCAUUUCACUCUCCUCCCUUUAUCUCAAAAAAAAGUUAGGAAA